AUGCCUUGCUGUGGAGAUCGGGAGAAAAUCGGUCAGAUGAAGCUGGAGCAGACAUGGGAUUACAUCAAUCUUAAUGACUUCAAAAGCGGCUCAUGUUUCACCGGCUUCUCCUAUUUCAUGGUUUGGGUCUUUGGCGCCAUUUCCAUCUCGGUCUACGGCGUCGAUACUUUUACAGCCGUCAACUUGCUCGCUUUCAACAAAUGGUCUAGCCAGAUUCAACCCAAGAUUCCAAUCAGCAUUUCGCGAUGGAUUUUCGCCGGCGCCAUCAUUGCAUCCUUCGUGCUGCUCAUAUACAGAUGGAUUCGAGCAAUUCGCGUCAUGCGAAGCGGCGGUAUUGCUGAAAGUUAUCUAGAUCCGCUCGCUGUCCGUGUACAAAGUGUGCGAAUUGGCAAACACAAAGGUUACAGACGCUUCUUGGUAUUCGCCGAAUUGACGAAGAGUAAAAAGGGCGCUGAUUACAUCGCUCUCUUUUCCUACUUUUCGUUCGAAGCUUGGCUACGUAUUCUUCUUGCCGACGGUCCUCGCCAAGUCAUCAACGCCAUCACAUUGUAUUCUGUGAUGGAAUUGGAUCUGAUUCCGACCGGUCAUAAUGCAGCACCUGAUGGUACCUCGCCAGUCGCGCAAUUUUUUCUCAAUAUCAAAGCAUUAGCCGAGAAGAACUAUCAGCAAGCCGUGAUUUUGUUCGGCAUGUUAUUUACUCUUCUCGUCUGGGUCGUUGCUGCUCUGAGCUUAUUGCUUUCCGUCAUUCUCUACCUGAUUUUCCUGUGGCAUCAUAUUCCGACAGCGGACGGCUCACUCAAGCAAUACUGUCGACGAAAGAUUAACACUCGUUUAGAGCGCAUCGUUAGAAAGAAGACGGAUAAGGCAUUGGCUAAAGGUGGAAUGCAGUUGAAUGAGCGGACGCCAACAAUACCUUUGAGCGCGGGCGAAGAGUUGAAGCCCAUCAGAGCAGCACCAACGCUACCUUCGCUUGCCGAAUAUCCAGAGGACAAGAAGCCAGCUGUUACUGUUGCUCCCUUAUCUCGUCAGCCAACUCAAAGCACAUUGCCGCCGUACACUUCGGAAGCUGGAUCGUUUGAGGCGCCGCGUCAUGACGAAUCGUACCCGCAACCGAAGCUGCCAGACCUCUCUGAUGGCGGAUGGCUUACCAAGACGAAUACACAAAACUCGGCUUAUGGGGAAUCGGCAUCACUUACUGGCAGCGCAGCUCCCAUGGGAUAUAGCCCGCUUGAUAAUCAUUCCACGCCGCAAGAUAUGCAUCCUGUGCCUCCAGGGCCUUUCAACCCCAACCAGGGAAGACCGUAUUCCCCAGCAAUUAAUCGAUCGCCCACUGCACAGGGCAGACCUGGUCCACCAGGACCGAUGCCAAUGGACGGUAUGGGUAGACACACUCCUGGUCCACCAGGACCGAUGCCAAUGGACGGCAUGGGUAGACGCACUCCUGGCCCACCAGGACCGAUGCCAAUGGACGGCAUGGGUAGACACACUCCUGGUCCACCAGGACCGAUGCCAAUGGACGGCAUGGGUAGACGCACUCCUGGCCCACCAGGACCGAUGCCAAUGGACGGCAUGGGUAGACACACUCCUGGUCCACCAGGACCGAUGCCAAUGGACGGUAUGGGUAGACACACUCCUGGCCCAGGCUAUUCGCAAACACCACCACCUCAGAUGAUGGGCCGUCAGACACCAGGUUUCCCUCGAGGCGCCCCGCCUGAGCGCUCGUAUUCCCCCGCAACGAAUAUGUCAAACGACCUACCAUAUCCUCCGAGCACGAACCCGCCAUUUGAUCGCCAAGGAACCCCUCAAAACAACAUGCGCGGUAUGCGCUCGGAGUCGCCAGCCUACAAUCCAUUUGAUCGUCAAGAGACCCCUCAACCAAAUAUGCGUGACAUGCGUUCAGAAUCGCCGGCAUUUAAUCCACUGGCUCCCGGCCGUUCAUUCACAUCACCACUUCCCAAUUCUUCAGCAAUAGACCCAGUCAAUCGCGGUCGCACUCCAGCUGACCGCACUGCUUCGCCACGUCCGCCAAAUCAAGGUGGCUAUGUGGCGUUCAAUCCUUUUGCAUCCUCCACAAACGACACCAAUCUCAAUGAUCGCAGCCAGUCACCGAUCUCUGUAGCCUCGCAACCAAUUCCGCGACCUUCCACCACGGCACCAUCUCAAAAUUCCAACUUGAAUCCUCGUCCAGGGAUGAUCCGAGCUGCAACUACGACACCCUCCAAUGGAUUCAGACGCAAUCAGGGACCACCCACUCAAUUUCAGCAACGGCAUCCAGUGCAUCAAGAAGACGAUGAGGAUGAAUAUGACCCUUUGUCAUAUUAUGGUAGUGCCAAUUAA